AUGCUGCUCGCUCCCUUCCACGCCUCCGCCCCUGACUUCCUCGCUCUCCUCGACCCCUCCUCCUGCCUCCCUCCAUGUCAAGAUGACCCCUUUCAUCCCCCUCCUCUGCACAAUGACUUCCUCCAUGAGCCCCUCUCCUCCCCCGCCUGCCUGGAGUGUGGAGGGGCCAUAUGGCACGAGGACCGUGCUGAGUCCAGCGAGGACCUCUGCCUCCUCUGCCUCCUCAGCAAGCAAGACCCUCCUUCCCAGCCCUCAAACACGGAGGAGCCCUCCCUUCAAGACGCUGACCAGCGGCUCUGUCCAGGGCCUGCUUGCUCCUCUCCCGAUGACCCCAAGAACACCAAGCGAGCGUGGGGCGACGUCGAGCGCACGGCGCACCGGCAAGCAUGCAUCGGCAAGAAGCGCCUCACGCUCCAGGAGAAGGCCGAGAUCAUCCAGCUCUACUAUAGGGCUGGACAGGAGGAGAGCCCCAUGAAGCAGAUGACCAUCGCAGAGACGUACGGGAAGAGCCGGGCGGCGAUCAGCAAGCUGCUACGACCAGAGAACGCGCAUCGGGUGAUGGUGCGCUUUGCGGAGAAGAAGAAGGCGGGGGCGAAGGGAAGGCCAGGGCAGCGAGGACGAGGGAGGGCGAGGCUGGAAGGGAAGCAAGGAGAUCAGAUGGAACAGGCUGCCUGGAAGACGACGCAUGGAGGAGAGACGAUGCAGAACGUUAUGGAGGGUUUAGGACGGAAGUGUGUAUAG